AUGGACCCUUUAGUCAUGCCCAUCAUAACGGGUAUCCUCAAGGUACUCGACGUGUUCAUGAAGGCGGGAAGCAGCGUCAAAGACAUCAAGCAUGCCAAAGCAGACCACGCGAGGCUCUCGAGCGAAGCCAGCCAGCUAUACGGACUACUCCUGGACCUGCAGUAUCGGGUGGAAGCAACAUCAGUCGAUGAUUCAUGUCUCAACAAGUUCAAGCUCCUAGCGCAGGAGAAUGGACCUAUUCAGCAGAUGCAGAAUUCACUCGAAGAAAUCCUGAAGCAGCUCCCAGGUCCAGGCAAGGGCGAACGCUUCAUUGCCAAAGUCAUGUGGCCCUGGAACAAGAAGGAUGCCGACGAAGUUCUGCAACGCAUCGAGCGCGUCAAGAGCAUUGUACAUUGCGCGAUCCUCGGAGACCUCACGGCGAUGGUGACAGUUGUCCACCAGAACAUCAACGACUUGACCGAGCAGGUGAAGACGCUUGAUCUCCGUACUGUCGAUCUAAAGUCGCGCUCAAUACAAGAUCAACAACACAAAAUCGCUCAGUGGCUUAAGAUCCCAGAUCCAUCGACCAACUAUUACAGUGCGCUACAGAAGCGGCAGCCGGGCACCGGUCUGUGGCUUCUGGAAGCAGAGCAAUUCGGACAGUGGCUGAGUGACACGACAUCGUUGAUGUGGCUGCAUGGAAUUCCCGGGUGUGGCAAAACCGUUCUGAGCGCCGCAGCUCUACAACAUCUGCUCCAGCUUCAAGAUGCAGAUCACGAGAUUGCUGUUGCGUACUUUUAUUUCGACUUCAACGACAACGCGAAACAGCGCACCGACAAGAUGGUCCGAUCCAUUCUUCAUCAGGUAGCGAGUCGAACGGCAGCCGGCCGACAGGCGAUGGAGGCUGUUUACGAGCGUUGUGACAACGGCCAGCGACAACCUUCUUCGACCACAAUUUGGGAGCUUUUGCAAGACAUCCUUAGCGCUGCAAGUUCGGCGUACAUCGUGUUGGAUGCGCUGGAUGAAUGCACUGACCUUGAAGCACUGAUGGAUCACCUCACGAGUCUCGCCCGGAAACAAAUUAGUGGAUUGCGGAUAUUGGCGACGAGUCGCCGAGAGAAAGAGAUCGAAGAGGCAAUAUCUUCAAUCCCUCAUGUUGACGUUGGCAUACACAGCGCGAUCGUGGAUGUGGACAUCAACACAUAUAUCGAGGUCCGACUGAAUCAGGAUCCCAAGAUGCAGAAGUGGUCCGGCCGUAAGGACGAGAUCUCGGAGCAUUUGAUGGCCAAGGCAGAUGGAAUGUUCUAUUGGGUGCACUGUCAAUUGGAAACGAUUCGUCGAUGUGUGAUGCCGCCGGAAUUGCAGAAAGCGUUGGAGAGCCUGCCUACAACACUGGACGAAACAUACGAUCGAAUCCUUGAGCAGCUGGACUCACAAGGAUAUCUUCUGCAUGCGCUGACAGUACUUCAGUGGCUGUGCUACUCAGUGCGCCCUCUGUCGUUACCGCAGAUCGUGGAAAUACUCGCGAUUGACGUUGCGGAUGGAGCAGGAUUUCUACCGGAAAAUCGUUUACCAGAACCAGAAAGUAUCAGGACGAUAUGUUCUAGCUUGAUUGAUAUCUACGUCGCAGACAGAAAUGACCAGGAGCAUAGGCCAUGGACUACAAUGGUUCGACUGUCGCAUAAUUCUGUCAAGGAGUAUCUGAAGUCCGAACGGUGUGGUUACAAAGCCAGCUUCGCUCCGCGUAUUUCCCACGAAAUCAUCGCCAAAGCAUCCCUACACUAUCUCUUAUACCUGGCGGACCAAGGUCACACCACAAAGACACAAGCAACCGUGAGGUAUCCGCUGGCACGGCGCGUCGCUGAGCAGUGGUGGGAACAUGCUCAUAACGUGGGUCGAGAUCUUGAUCAGAAGAUCGUUAAUCUUGUGCUGCGGCUCAUGUCCGACGACAAUGCUGGCCUGAAAUUCUGCAUUCGACUGCACAAUCCCGACAUUGGCGUCUGGGCACUACACCAAUCGGCCUUUCGGUGUUGUUAUGCACCACUCCUAUAUUAUGCAGCUAUGUUUGGGUUGUCAGAAGUGGUUAGCACGAUACUUGAAAAUGGCAGCGAGGUGACUGAUGAGGAAGGCAGUCUGGACACGGCGCUGUUAUCUGCGACGGGCGGAGGACAUGCCACCGUGGUGCAGAUGCUUCUGGAUCAUGGCGCAAAUGUUAAUGCCCCUGCGAGAAAUGGAAGCACAUGUCCUAUUGCGGUAGACAUGGAUUCGUUUACAGCAAAGUACAACGUUCCUACACAACAGGAAUUGAUGCAAGGACGGCAAGGCUGGACUGCACUCAUUCUGGCAUCAGAGCUUGGGCGCGAGGCAGUGGUGAAAGUGUUGCUGGACAGGAACGAUAUCGACGUCGACGCCCGGAGAGAGGACGGUGUCACCGCCCUGCAUGCAGCAUCGGAGAGGAAGCGCAAGGAGGUGGUGCGAAUGCUGCUGAACAAGGGUGCCAACGUCGACAUCGCAGGAGGCCCAUACAAAACCACCGCAUUACAUGAAGCGUGCCAGAACGGCUGUAAUGAGGUGGUGCAAAUGCUCAUAGCUAGAGGCGCUAGUGCGGACAUCGAACGAGGCCGAGGCCACUGGGAAAUAAGUGAUCCGUUCUCAAGAGCAGGCAUAGCGAAAAGUCCGUUGUGGGCUGCCGUGAAGUACCGCAGUGUGGAGAUGGUGAAGUCCAUGCUCGAAGGAAGUGCAAAGAUUGACUUUAACGGACGUUCCUACCGCAGUGCACUUCAGGAAGCGUCAGGCGCAUAUGGAGACGGAGUGAUUCUGCAGAUGCUACUCGAUAGGGACGCGCAGGCGGAACUUGCUGAAGAGUCCCUCAACGAAGCAUUAUACGAGGCUGCGCGCUGGAGUCAGAAGAAGGUGGCGCAGAUGCUUCUCGAUAGGAUUGCGAAAAUCGGUGUCACACGACGUGCUCACCGCACCGCUUUGCAAGGAGCAUCAAGUGGUGGUUCGAUGGAGCUGGUGCAGGUGCUACUGGACAAGUAUGGUGACACCAGCUUUACCGACGAGCUCACAUUGGCAACAGCGCUGGUGUUGGCAUCAAUGAAUGGUUGCCUCGAAGUGGUCGAGUUGCUGUCGAACAAAGUUGCAGACAUCAACGCUGUCGUAGGAGACUGCUUUCUUGGUGAGCGCUCCGCCGAGGACGACGAGCAGCCCAAUCCCGGCACUGCGCUGCAGGUAGCAUCCUACAACGGUCGCUCGGCAGUGGUACAGAUUCUCCUAGAUCACGGUGCAGACAUCGAUCGCACAGGAAGCCCAGUCGGCCAUCCUGAAACAGCACUCUCGCUGGCAGUCAAGGCGCGCCGUAAGGACGUCGUCACGCUUCUGCUGGACAAGGGUGCGGAUGCCAGCCUUAUAAGCGACAGUGCAGCCGCACUGCGAUAUGCAUCCGGGACAGGUCGCGAGACGAUGGUGCGAAUGCUGCUCGACAAGGGCACAGAUGUGCACGCUUUCGGAGAGGGUGGAACUGCGCUGCAGGGUGCUGCAUAUCGAGGCCACGCAAAGGUGGUGGAGAUCUUGCUUGACGAAGGUGUGGAUGUCAAUGUGGUAGGGAAUAACCGGCCCCGCCAUGAAACCGCGCUGCAGCUAGCAUCGUGGGGAGGUCACGGAGCGAUCGUGCGCAUGCUACUGAACAAGAGAGCGGACGUCAAUGCUGCAGAUCGUACUGGUCAAACUGCGCUUCAUGACGCAUCGAACAAGGGCCACGUGGCAAUUGUGCGGAUGCUGUUGGAGAAUGGCGCGAACGUCAAUGCUGCAGAUCGCACUGGUCGGACUGCGCUACAUGACGCAUCGAACGAGAGCCACGAGGCGAUUGUGCGGAUGCUGGUGGAGAAUGGCGCGAACGUCAAUGCUGCAGAUCGCACUGGUCGAACUGCGCUUCAUGACGCAUCGAACAAGGGCCACGAGACGAUUGUGCAGAUGCUGGUGGAGAAUGGCGCGAACGUCAAUGCUGUGGAUAUGCAUGGCCGCUCUGCGCUGCAUUGGGCAUCGAAGGGAGGCCACAAGAGCGUCAUGCGAGUGCUGCGGGAGGCUGGCGCAGUUGGGCUCCCUGCCAGAGGCAUGAAUGUUGAGCGCACGUCGGAGUCAACAGACGUGCAAUCGACAACAUCGGGAGAUGCCGCAGAGCAUCUCCUGGCGCGGUCAUCGAAGGAGAAUGCUCUGGAGGGAGAACAAGUUGGGCAAGAGCUCGCGCAGAGUUUUGAAGAGAAUUCGACAACAGACUAG